AUGGAUUCAACGGCCGAUACUGUUCCAACUGAAGCUCUCUUCCGACCCGCGAAGAAGCGCAAGUUCGCCCGACGACGUGCUGAUCCUGAGACCGAAGAUGCUGCAGACGCCGAUCCUGCCCUUGUCGCAAGUGACCAGAAUGAUAACGCGACCCCGACACAACCAUCGUACAAAAAUGCCCGACGUCCGCGCGUUAUGCGCAAAGGUGGAAUUGGCUUCUCCGCCAAAUCACAACUAGGACACGGUCAUGGUCAGCAACUCGCGCUGGCGCCUACAGCCGGAGACCCAGAGGAGGACAAAAUACGCGCCAUGAAUGAGCGCUUUACAGGCUAUACUGGUCAAAGUGAUGAUGUUGACAGACACAUGUACGAAGCUCCCCUUGCGAUUAAGAUUGGAUCUUGCGUGGGAUGGACUAACAAGAUAAGGAUGGAAUAUAUAGAUUCAGAGAUGGCUAAGCGCUACCAGCCUCACGCACAAGUGCCGAAUUCAGAUAUCGCUCAGCCAACUUCAAAGGAAGUCACGGCAAACCUCUCAUUCCACGGACAACAACAACAACAACAACGUGAGCCGGCAUCUUUAGGGAAACUCCAUGAGAUCGACCUCGGUCAAGAGGCAACCUUACGCAAUAUCGCGCGCACAGAAGCGGCGACGCGCAAACUGGCUGGUGACGAGGAUUUUCCUUCUGGGGAUGCCGAUAUUGUCUCGGGGGCAACUCGUUCCGCCCCAGGUGGCAAGUCAAGGCGCGCCCGUCAACAACGAACGGAUGCCGAUAUUGAGAGAGACCGUCUUGUGGAAGAGGUCCUCCGGGAGAGUAAAUUGGAUGUCUAUGAUGAAUAUGAGGACGACUCGCGGCCCGAUGAUCCCCAAGCUGCUGAUGACCGAAUUGCCGAACAAUUUCGACGAGACUUCAUGGAUGCCAUGCAGUCCCGCCGUCGCCUUCGCGCCACAAAGCCAGUGGCGAAGGAUGAAGGGCCUAAAGGUCCGAAGCUGGGAGGCAGUCGCAGUGCGAGAGCCGCCAUGCGUGAAACACAAACUGGAAAGAAAUAA